AUGAAGCCUCUAGCAUCUGUGCCACCUCCAGAACAUGACAGACAUACCAACCUUGGCGGUGUUCUCAACCGUAUGUUAGGGAAUAAUUAUAAUGAGGAACCAGAGGUCGAACAUGGUCUUUUCAAUUUCAACGCUGUGAUACAAAUCUUCGAGAAGUCCCCAGGCAAAUAUCGGGAUAUUAAGCCGCGUUUUCAUGCGGAGCUCGAAUGGGUUGUUCCCGAAUUGCACCAAAAUGUGUGGACAAACUGGGGACCGCCUCUGGUGGAGAACUUCUCCAAAUUCAAUGCGACUGGAAGACAGCAGUUGGAUUUACUGAACAAAAUGAUACAAGGGCUUCAUGAACUUGUCAUCAAUCAAGCCCUUGGACAAUCCUCGGUUAGCCAUAGACAUCCUGAUUCAAAAACAGGAAUCAUUGAGCUCCAAUCCGGUAGUUCUGCCUUAGCACCUAUCAUUGUCCGCCAAGAAAUUGAAUGCAAAGACGCCUACGUUGACCGGCAGAAUAAAAUGUUGAAAGAUGAGUGCGGUGGACGAUCAAUUGGCUCUGAGAUAUUGAGAGACAUCGACGAGGAAUCCGACCUGGAGGGAGGGGGUGUUUAA